CAGGCGAGACGGGGCGCGGGGCGCAUGCGCGCGGGUACGGCGGAGGGAGACCGAGGGCCGCGUUGAGGCCUGUCUCGGUGAGGGUGGUGCUCUGUCACCUUCACAGCUGGGCCGGGGCCUCCUACUUGGGACAGUCAGGAUGAAGGCACCCUCCACCACACUUUUCCAGACAUCUGUCCUAAUAAAAACUUGAAUGGAAGCAGCCCUCCUUUAUGAAGCCUCUAGGAAGAACAUCUGUCUGACCCAUUCAGUGGAAGGAUGAAAGUGCCACACAGGAACACAGUAUGACUGGGAAGAGACCUGUCUCUAUUGAGAUACUUCAGCACUCUGAAGAGACAUUAAAAACAGCUCUCAUCUCAAAGAACCCAGUGCUUGUGUCACAGUAUGAGAAAUUAGGUGCUGGGGAACAACGUUUACUGAAUGAAGCCUUCCAGCCAGUUAAUGACCUCUUUGCACCCAUUACCGUACAUUCACAGUCAGAUUGGAUUAUCUCCCAUCCUGAGUCUCCCCAAGACUUUGAACAGUUCUUCAGUGAUCACUAUAGAAAGGCCCCCUGUCCAGGAAAACAAAAUAUCUAUAUACAGUCCAUUGGCUCUCUAGGAAAUACCAAACUUAUCAAUGAAGGAUAUAUCAAAUGGCUCAAGGGCUAUUGUGAAGCAUUUUUCUAUGGCUUGACAGUAAAAUUCCUAGAACCAGUUUCAGUCUCUGCAACUAGGUGCUCCUUUAGAGUGAAUGAACACACACAGAAUCUGCAAAUUCAUGCAGGGCACAUUCUGGCAUUCCUAAAGAAGAAGAAACCCAAAGAUGCCUUCUGCAUUGUGGGGAUAACAAUGAUCGAUCUUUACCCUCGAGACACCUGGAAUUUUGUCUUUGGACAGGCCUCGUUGACAGAAGGUGUGGGGAUAUUCAGCUUCGCCAGGUACGGCAAGGAUUUCCAUAGCUCCCGAUACAAAGGCCAGGUGAAGAAGUCCCAGCGGGCAUCUGCCAGUGACUACUCUGUUUUUGAUAACUAUUACAGCCCUGAAAUCACUAGUCUUUUGCUGUGGCGAUCCUGUAAGACUUUAUCUCAUGAGAUCGGACACAUAUUUGGACUGCGACACUGCCAGUGGCUCGCAUGCCUCAUGCAAGGCUCCAACCACUUAGAGGAAUCUGACCGGCGUCCUCUAAACCUUUGCCCUGUCUGCCUACGCAAGCUGCAGUGUGCUAUUGGCUUCAGUAUUAUAGAAAGAUAUGAGGCACUGGUGAGAUGGAUUGAUGACGAAUGUAGUGACACACCAAGAGCAACUCCGAAACAUAGUUGUGAGAAUGAGAGCUUGCCGAAACCUGUGGAAGCCUUUAAGGAAUGGAAAGAAUGGAUAAUAAAAUGCAUUGCUGUUCUCCAAAAAUAAGCACUUUCAGAUAGGAGUAACAAACAAAAAUACGUGCAGAUUAGGCGUUCAUGGGUGAAAUACGUCAUUGGAACAAACCAUCUCUGUGCGCUGUGGCCAAGUCACAGCCUAGAAUCUUUGAAGCCCCUGGACUGCAAUGAGGCUCACUGGGCACAGUGAAAGUGCUGGGCCCCCUCUCUCCUGUCUCACUGUUUCAUUGAGCCCGCCAUUUCCAUUCUUCACGUUUCCAUCUCACAGGAGAGCUGGGAUUAGCCGAAGCCGCUAAGUAAAUACUUCAAAAAUAACUGUGUGGCCAAAGGAGCAGAUCAACACUUUUCCAGGGCUGCUGUUUUGUUUUCAGAAGAGAUGCUGUCCCUUGGAAGGCCCAGCCAAGUUGCCAGGAUUCACGGGCUGGAUCCUUGCCGUCUGUGUCCCUCCUUUUCUGCAAGCUUUUCCUACUCUGGGUGCCUUCCAUCCUUUCCUUGCUGUUACGAGAUGAUUGCUGAAAAGCAGCAGCAGCAGCAGCUCCCAUCAGCUCCUAGCAGUGAGAAUAGCAGUGGUCCUCACCCCAUGGCAGUGCUGCUGGUGGGUUCUGUUGUAACUGACAAGCUAUGCCUGAGGGUUUUACACAUACUUUGUCAUGGUAUUUAUGUCUGUGUGAGUCACACUUGCAGGUUUAGAGGAGGUUGAAGUUUAUUCUUAGACUGUCUUGCUUUAUUGCAUUGUGAAGCAUUUGAAUAGGGAAAAGAGUGAUGGGGUCACUUACCUGUUGGGGUGCCUGUGAUAUUAGCGAAUUACUGUGGUCAUGAACAGGUUGAAAGCUUCAGGCUCAGCAAACCACCUCUGUAAGAUCAGUACCCAGGAAAUGUACAGAGUCACUUUCCCGGAUGCAGUGAGCUAGUACAUGUCCCAGCUACUUAUUUAUUUAUUAUCUCUGGUACUGGGAUUUGACCCAGGCCUUGUGCGUAUUUAGUGCUCUCAUCACUGAGCUACACCCCAGCCCACAGUGUUUCUUACCUCUGUCUUUAAGGUGAAACUUAAGAAAGAGAACUCAUUCUUUCUUUUUCCUCUUUUUCGGUGACUGUGUGUGGGGUGUGUGCGUGUUUGGGAGCUUGGGGACAGCCUCUGGUGUUGUUCCUCAGGAGCCGUUCACCUUGCUGUUUGACAUAGGGUCUCGUGCUUUAGAGGUCAGCCAUGAGCCUCAGAUCCCCCUGCCUGUGCUGUGAAUCACACUCAGGGCCUUGUGCUUGCCUGGCAAAUGGAGCGUCUCCCUAAUCCUCUUUCUCCAUUUUGAAAUCUAGAGUCUUUCAUUGUUGUGGCUUAUACAGUGUAAUUAAAAGCACAUUUUGCAACCUAA